ACAAGUACAUAUCCGUCGCGCAGAAAUUUCAAAGCCCUAAAUUAGCACCUCAGUUCUUUGAAGUUCUGAGUGUACUGACCAGAAUAAAAAUUAGCACCUCAGUUCUUUGAAAUUCGUUUUAGUUUAUAAAAAUCUUUCCGGGGGGAACAUGUUUUAAAGCGAUAAAGUAGCUUCUUCUUCUCCUUCUUCUAUCAAGUUUGGUGGUUGUGGCUGUGGUUAGGGUUCAAUAAUGUCUCUAGAUGGGUCUGUAGAACGAAGAAGAAGUGAACCAUCGUCGAUGCAGAUUAAUGGUAGUAAUGGAAAUGCUAAUGAGAAUGGUGGUUCAUCCAUGAUGCUAUACUCUCCUACUUCUCCAUCUCCUCAGUCUCAAUCUCAGUCUCAUCAAAGGCUUAGGUUAAAUCCAAACACUGAUCACAACCCUGAGAACUACGAAGAUCUCAAGCUCGGAUUCAAUCCCUGUAUUUUCUCUUCUCUAGAGCGUUACUUACCCCCUAGUAUGCUCACUGUCACCCGCCACCUUAAGGUUCAGUACAUGAACGACAUUUUGGCUCGUUAUUUGCCUCAAGGAGAACGCAUCAGAGUCCAGAGGCACAGAGAAUACAGGCAAAAAAUAAUAGCAAACUAUCAGCCAUUGCAUAGAGAGCUGUACACUAUGGAUCCUGCAACUUUUUUUGUUCAAUCAUUUGUUGAAGCAAUCAAUAAAAAUACAGAAGAGAGUUUAAGAAGUAUAAUAUCUGAGCCCUCACCAGGAGUGUAUACGUUCGAAAUGCUCCAUCAGGAUUUCUGUAAAAUGUUGCUAUCUGAGGUGGAUAAUUUUGAAAAGUGGGUGAGUGAAUCCAAGUUCAGAAUCAUGCGUCCAAAUACAAUGAAUAAAUAUGGUGCUGUUCUUGAUGAUUUUGGAUUGGAAACCAUGCUCGACAAGCUUAUGGACGACUUCGUACGUCCCAUAUCUAAAGUGUUCUUUCCUGAAGUUGGUGGGCCCACUCUAGAUUCUCAUCAUGGUUUUGUUGUUGAAUAUGGAAAAGACAGGGAUGUUGACUUGGGCUUUCACGUGGAUGACUCUGAAGUCACUUUGAAUGUGUGCUUGGGUAAGCAAUUUUCCGGUGGUGACUUGUUCUUUCGAGGAAUUCGCUGUGACAAGCACGUAAAUACCGAAUCUCAGCCUGAGGAAUCCUUUGAUUAUUCCCAUGUUGCUGGACAAGCGGUGCUUCAUCGUGGUCGGCAUAGGCAUGGUGCCAGGGCGACUAGAUCAGGGCAUAGGAUUAACUUACUCCUUUGGUGCAGAAGUUCAGCUUUUAGGGAGCUAAAAAAGUACCAGAAGGAUUUUUCUGCCUGGUGUGGUGAGUGCCAACGUGAAAAGAGAGAAAGACAGCGGAAGUCAGUUGCAGAAACCAAGCAGGAAUUACUGAGGAGAGAAGGAGACAACACUGUGGCUUGAAACUCGGCUGUAUGUAACUUUUACAAAAAUGCCACUACUGUAUCAUAUUUUAGAUUAGCACCCCUUUCUCUCAAACCACUGAAGCACACUGCUCAUAUGGUGGUGAUCAAGGAUGAUUUGUUCUUGUUCUUCAUUUGAUGGGUUGAGUUAAAGAUUAACUAGAGGAUAUGUGCUUUUAGUUGCAUAUACAGUAGUUAAGGUCGACCUGCUGUGGUAGAGAGGGACGUAGCCAAAACACGUCUAGCGUGGCCUUAAUCUGGUCAACUGCCUUUGACUGUCUUGUCUUUCCUAAAACUAAAGUUAUUAUGUGACGUCUUACCAAGAUUAAGAUUUACUAAUAGGAUUGUAGGACCUCUAUCAAAUGUGAGCAGCGACCAUAACAUUCUAUGUAAUAGAUCAUUGGAUGCAACACAGUGGACAGAGAUGUGCUCACUGUUCAUCGUGUAUCUAAAUAUAUCCGGAACUCUUAACGGUCAAAAGCAACUUGCCUUUUUUGGCUAAAACUAUCCAGUGGAAGUGUGAAACCUAUUACAACUGCAUAUGGCAUUCAAUGUGUAAAAAUCCCCCGGAACAUUUCUGGUAGUUUUCAAGGAUACUCCAAGCUAUUUGGUUAGUUUGACUUUCAUUCAAUGUGUAAAAUCACAUUUCUGGU